AUGAAACACAGCACAGCUCUGCUCCUGCAUCUCCUCCUGGGCUCAUGUUCAGCCUACACUUACAAAAACGUGGCCAUACGUGGAAAAGCAACGCAGUCAACCCAGGCUGACAGUGCAUAUGCAAUGGCCGGCAAUGCCAUAGAUGGAAACCGGGAUCAUGACUCCAACUCUGGAUCAUGCUCAAGCACUUCAUCACAGACCAACCCCUGGUGGACAGUAGACCUGCUGGAGUCCUACAUGGUCACCUCCCUCAUCAUCACCAACAGAGGAGACGGCUCUUCAGAGAAACACGAAGAUGCCAUGAUUCACAUUGGAAACUCUUUAGAGUACAAUGGACUAGAUAACCCACUAGUUGCAGUGAUCCCUCUGACUCCAGCUGGCAAAUUUUCAGAAAUUUUCUUACCCAAACUUGUAGAGGGACGUUAUGUGACUGUGAUUGUGCCUGGACGUGAAAAGACCCUUAGCCUCUGUGAGGUGGAAGUGUACGGAUACCGUGCACCAACAGGAGAGAACCUUGCACUCAAAGGAAAAGCCACACAGUCAUCACUUUAUGACAUGUAUGGCAAUGCAUACAAUGCCAUUGAUGGGAAUCGGCACAAUGUCCGGAGUGAUGGGUCCUGCUCUACCACCAAACAAGAAUCUGACCCCUGGUGGCGACUGGAUCUGAUAAAAACCCAUAAAGUGUUUUCUGUUAAGAUCUCAAACCGCAGAGAUGGCCGGUACUCCCCACGACUGAACGGAGCAGAGAUUCGUAUUGGAGAUUCUCUUAAAAACAAUGGCAACAGCAAUCCCAGGUGUGCUGUGAUUAAAAACAUCCCAGCGGGUGCUACUAAGGAAUUCCAGUGUAAUGGGAUGGAUGGUCGCUAUGUUAACAUUGUUAUCCCUGGUAGACAGGAGUUCCUGACCCUGUGUGAGGUGGAGGUUUAUGGCUCUGUCCUGGAUUAGGACAGAGAUAUGCAGGCGCAUCUCAAAGAUUAGAAUAUCAAGAUAAAGUUUUUUUUCCCUGUGAUACACUCCAGAAAGUUAAAUUCCCAUAAAUUCUAGACACAUCUCAUACUCAGUGAAACAUUUCAAGAUGUUUUUGUUUGAAUCUUGAUGACUGCAGCUCACAGCUCAUGAAAAUGAAAAAUCCACCAUCUCCAAAUAUUAGAAUAUUGUGGAAAAGUCCAAUUUGCAAAGGUUUCCUGAGCCUUUAUUCUAUCAGUUUGGUUCAGUACACACAACUGCAAUCAUGUUGAAAACUGCUAGCCUUACUUUUAUCAGGUAAGCCACAGACGCUCACUGCUGAAAGGACAGGCUGUUCUCAGAGGCUGUAUCAAAGUUCAUUCAUAGAAAGUCGACUAGAAGGAAAAGAAGCACGAGAAACAAGGGUGAGCUCAGCCAUCAGAGGAUUGUCAAACAAAGCAGAUUUCUAACUCAUCCAUAAGGCUUCAAUCUGAUUGUUUGAAAGGAAUUGAUCAAUUAAAAUGUUUAAAGCAUGAUAUGAACGUUUUGUUUAACUGUCAUGAAUGUAAGCCGUGCUGCUGUCAUUUAUCCUGUUCUGUUUCUGAAUGUCUGAUGUGAGCCAAUCACAGGGCUUUAGUGAAAAAUGUAUACAAUAAAAUUAAACCAAUGAUUCAUUAUCUAAAUGAGCUUAGACUUGUCUGUCAGCCAGUUUCCCAGCUGUAGCUCCAUACUGUGCCAACGCUUUGCUUUGUAAUUCUUCAUUUUAAGCUUGAAUUGUCUGAAAGUUGAGGUUAAUAAAAUACACCACACACUGAUCUGUCUUUAGAGGCAGAAAAAUAUCAGCUAUGCUAAUUAAAAGAUGCAUACUUGUUUUUCAUUUCUGAAUAAA